AUGAUCCAGUAUCUGGCGGUCGCUCAGCGACCAAUCAAGAAGUUCAAGAGCUGCAAACUCACUCAAAUCCCCUGUGGACAGAACUCACAAGCCGAUGCCCUGGCUAAUCUAGGGUCCGCCCUUGAAACGAGAAGCCAGAUGAAUAUCCCUCUGCUCGUGCUUCAAUGGCCAGCAACCCUAGAGGAACCCCCAUCAGAGGAGGUCUCCUCUGUCGAAGAAAGCGAAACCUGGAUGACCCCCUUAAUCUGGUACCUGGAGGCCGACACCCUCCCAGAAGACAGCAGCGAGGCCAGAAAGAUCAAGAAGCAAGCCGCGAGGUACUGUAUCUCCCAGGAGAAGCUGUACCAGAGAUCUUUGUCUGGCCCAUACCUGAGGAAGUGGGUAAAAGAACUACACGAAGUCCUCUGGGCCUACCGGAUCACUCUAAAGACAACAACAGGGGAAACCCCCUACUCGCUAGUCUACGGCUCUGAGGCAAUUGUACCUACAGAGGUGCGCGUAAGAACAACGGUCUCCGGAUCUACCUCUCAGGAGGAAAACAACGAGCUGUUGGCGCUAAGCCUUGACCUGCUCGACGAAAAAAGAGAGGCCGGAGACCUCCGAUCCUGGCCAACCCUCAUAAAAGUGGCAUGA